CCGCGUCUCAGUCAUACAUCACACAAUUAUAGUGCAUUUGGAAUUGAGCUAUCCAUAGAUCGCCCUUUCCGAAUUUGAUCGGAGGCGUAGAGAUCUCUUCCUCAUCUUGCCGAUCGGAAUCCCGCGGCGUCGGUACCUCUUACAGGGUGAAGUUAACUAACUGCCAGUAGAUGUCAUAUCAAGAAGAACAAAUGGAUUAUGCAGUUGAUGAUUAUGUGAUGGGUGAAGUAGAAGAUGAUUUGUAUGAUGGUGGUCGAAUAAUGGGAGACACAGAGUCGGACGAGGAUGAUGAAGAUGACAAUGAAAGUUUGGGUGAGAUCACAGAUACAUCAGCUGCGGAAGCACGAAAAGGGAAGGAUAUCCAAGGAAUCCCAUGGAAGAAGCUAAGCAUAUCUCGGGAUAAGUAUAGGCAGACUAGAAUAGAACAGUAUAAGAACUAUGAGAAUGUACCCCAAUCCGGGGAAGGUUCAGAGAAGCAAUGCAAAGUAACAAGGAAAGGUGGAGUGUAUUAUGAGUUCUGGCAGAACACCAGAGCGGUAAAAUCAACCAUUCUUCAUUUCCAGUUGAGGAACCUAGUUUGGUCGACAUCAAAGCAUGAUGUUUACUUAAUGUCACAUUUCUCUGUUAUCCAUUGGUCAUCACUAAGUUCUAGAAAGACAGAAGUUCUUAAUGUUUCCGGACAUGUGGUUCCUUCUGAGAGACAUCCUGGGAGUUUACUGGAAGGAUUUACUCAGACCCAAGUAAGUACUAUGGCAGUCCGUGACAAUUUGUUGAUAGCUGGAGGAUUCCAGGGAGAACUUAUUUGCAAGUACCUGGACAGACCUGGUGUUAGCUUUUGUACAAGGACAACUUAUGAUGAAAAUGCCAUCACAAAUGCAAUUGAGAUCUAUGAUAGUCCAAGUGGUGCUGUUCAUUUCACAGCUUCAAAUAAUGAUUGUGGAAUACGAGAUUUCGACAUGGAGAGAUUUCAGCUUGUUAAGCAUUUCUGUUAUCCGUGGCCUGUAAAUCAUACUGCUCUAAGUCCAGAUACUAAGAUUUUAGCAAUUGUUGGCGACAAUCCUGAGGGGAUGCUCGUGGAUUCUCAAACUGGGAAGACAAUUGCGACUCUUUCUGGGCAUCUGGACUUCUCUUUUGCCUCCGCAUGGCACCCUAACGGCCACAUCUUUGCAACUGGGAACCAGGACAAAACGUGCCGGGUUUGGGACGCUCGAAACCUUUCCAGAUCAGUUUCUGUACUCAAAGGAAACCUUGGCGCCGUACGCUCCAUACGUUUCUCAUCUGACGGGCAGUUCAUGGCUAUGGCUGAGCCGGCAGAUUUUGUCCAUGUGUACGAUGUGAAGAACGAUUUCGACAGGGAGCAGGAGAUCGACUUUUUCGGUGAGAUAUCUGGAGUCUCAUUCAGUCCCAAUACUGAUUCCCUUUUCAUCGGUGUGUGGGACCGAACCUACGGAAGCCUCCUUCAGUACAAUCGGUGCAGGAACAACUCGUAUCUUGACUGUAUAGUGUGAAUCGUCCGUUUAGUUACGAGUUUAUCGAGCCUAAUAGUUGGAGACAAACACGAUUGUCUGUCUUUAGUUUAUUUAGAAUUUGCAUAUCUGAAAUGGAUAUCUGCGACUUGUUGUGACUUGGCCGACUGUUAUGUUUUCUUCGAAUAAUGGUGACAGGUGUCGGGGAAGUGAAUAAUAGAGGCCUUGGUUGUGACUGACUGAAACUUUCUAUUCGAGCACAAGGCUUAAUUUUUCGUAGAAGUCACUUGGUAAUGUAUGUGUAUAUUACGGGAGAACAAUUUGCAACAUCACACAACUUUUUUCUGGGUUUGAGAAGGGAAAUCAGCCGUUCUGGACUCAGCAAGUAGGUUAUGGAGCUAGCUGAUGGAUCAUUUAUGGAGUAAUUCAUGAAUUGAAUAUACCAUUUGUGAUAGUUGUGAAUGGCUACAUGAGCCGUGACAUCCAACAGAUCCAUUGCAAAACUGAUGAACUCAGAAUCAUGAAGGAGUAAGACACAACAAUACCAAUAUCCAACUUCAGACAAACCAGUGGCAAUAAUUUUU